CCAUAUUACUAUCAAAUUUGAAAAACAAAGAUGAAUGAUAAUUAUAACAUCAUGUGUACAAGUUUCAAUCAAAAAUAUAUGGAAGAUAAGGCCAAAAAUAAUAUAUGUCUGUUUACGGUUACCCGACCUACCCUACUUUUGAGCGCCGACCCUAAGUCAUUUUAUUUCCGUCGUAAAGUAAAAAAAAACUGAACUCGUGUCAAAAGCGAAGUUAGUGUUGCAAAUGAUAUAAAUAAAUUGCCUGAUACAUCCCAAUGUUCCAUUCGUGAAUAUGACAGCUGUUUUAAGGAAAUUCGCAAUUCGUGUGAUGAAAAAAACACUUUGCCGCCAUUUUUUUCCAAGGGAAAUAAUCCAAUCAUCAAAAAUACGGGUAAACUCAGCCCAUGAUCAUCUCGGACCACUACAAGUUGAAACAGCAUGACUCAAAAUCAUGUCACAAAAAAUAAAAUGAAAAUACCGACCUACCUACCCUAUUUUUUUAAAGUAUGUAACCUUAAACAGACACAUAUUUUUUUUGUUGGCCUAAAUAGAAAAGUAACUUCACCGUCUAAUUCAAUAAUCUUGAAGUAGAGUCUAUGAUUGAAUAUAUCUAUCAACCAGUAUCAGCUUACUUCCCAUAUAGAAUUAUACAUACUCAAUGAAAGAAAUUGGUUAUAGAAUUGAAAAAGAUACUUUAUCAAAUUUACUGAUUACUGAAUGUCAAAUAUCUAUCACAGUUUACCUGUUCAUAUAAUUUGGCUGCUAUUAAAUUUUAGUGUUAGUGAAUGGCUAGUAUUUCUUAAAAGUCUGUUCAACUUGUUAUAUAUGUUUAUAUUGUACUUAUUAUUAGGUAAUAAGUAUCUGUAUUAUCAAUUGUUAUUCCUAACAAACAAAAUUUUACAUUUUCAGAAGAUGUUCACAAUUGCAAAGUUAAAGGAACAGUCUUCAAAUACCCCCUACAGAGUACCAAUUAAGGUACAAACAGUUAGUGUUGGUACAACCAACACAUACAUCAGAGAUGGCCAGAAGAAGUCUGCCACAACCAUUGGUUUUGCAGACCAGACUGGUGUAAUAAAGGGGCAGUGCUACGACAGUAGCAAAUUGACUACAAUCAAAGAAAACAGCUCUGUAAUGAUAAGGAACUACAUCUUCCGGGAUAGUACAAUCAUCAUAACAUCAGCCACUAAGGUUAACGUUACUAGUGGAGUUGGAGACAUUGACCCAAUCCACAGGAGCCAAGCAGCAGAGCUCUCCAGACCACCACCUCCACCAGCAGUUGUUUCAAUUGAAAAAGCCAAGAAAACAACAGCAGAUACAAGUGUAUCUGUCAGAGGGAAAGUCAUCAGAGUGGAUGCUGUCUUAGAAAGAGUUACCCAAAGAACACAGGAAACAAUCAAGCUUAAGCAGAUAUAUAUACAGGACAGUACUGGGGAAGUUAAAGUCAGUAUGUGGAGACAGCUUGCAGAAACAUCAAUAGAAGUUGGAAAAACUGUCGAAAUAACUUUCCUAAAGCUAAAUAUACACAAAGGAGAGAUAAGCUUACAGACCAUUCCUCAAAGUACACUUGAGUUUGUGUCAGAACAACACAAGGUGGUUAUAGAUGGAUUCUACAAGGAAGAGGAUGAUAUUAUUCUUGUCUGUAAACAAGAUGAUGUUUACUCUGACUAUAAAUGCCCCCUACAUGCCCUUAGAGAAGUUGUUAGUGAUGAAGAACAAGCAGAAACAGUGAUUGAAGGAAUGAUUCCCUUCAAUGCUGUGAUUGUUGUAUCAGGGAAUAACACUAUUUCAUCAGUGACAAUGGAUUAAAAAUACCAUAUAAAACUGUUCAUCAAAAUUAUAGUCCAUCAAAAACCACACUUCAUUAGAAUUUUCAAUAUACUGCAAAGUUGAGUGCAGUUAUAUUUCUUCAAAUUUUCACUGCCAAAUUGGGUGCAGUCCAUAAUGAAAGUUUAAUACAAAAUCUGUCUUAAAAAUUUAUAUUUUGAACAAAGUUAUUUGUCUUAGAAUCUGUACAUCAAAAACCACACUUUAUUAGAAUUUUUAAUUUACACCCAAGUUGAAUACAUUAUUUAAUAUUUUGAAAAAAGAUAUGUUCCUUAGAAACUGUUUAUCAAAAACCACCCUAUUAUUAGAAUUUUCAAUGUACUGCAAAGUUGAGUGCAGUUACAUUUUUUCAAAUUUUCACUGCCAAAUUGAGCGCAGUUCAUAAUGAAAGUUCAAUACAAAAUCUGUAUUCGAAAAACUAACUAUUAAUUUUGGAUUUUGUACAGAAAUGAUAUUUACUUUUAUUCACACAGUAUUGUUAUUCAAAAGUUAUUGCAAAUGGAGAAUUAUCUUGUAUUGUUAAUAAUGUCUUCUUUACAAAUGAUCCUGUAUGCAUAUAUCCUUUAUUCAGUCAUGGGAAGUUUCCUAGCAAUGGCUAGAUUUGAUUAACUUAUACAAAAUUAUACAACAAUUUAUAGAAGUAUAAACAUGUACAUACUACGAUAAGUUAUGAAAUGUAAAUAUUUAUGGUUUAAUUAAUUGUUAUAGAAAUACAUUAACUGGUGUAUAUUAGUGAAAUAUUGAUUGUAUUGAUUGAAUAGGAAUGAAAGUGCAGGAAGUAAAAGGAUGCAAAACUUGCAAAUAUUAUGAAAGUUAAUAUUUUUGUAAUAUCACAAAGUGUUAGAUAAUCUAUGGUCCACUUAAAAAUAUUCCAGUCUUCCAUCCAUAUUAUAUGAUCUCAUUAUAUAUUUUAUUUGUUAUAACUAAGGUUGUUUUUUGAAAACUUUUUACAUUAUGUCCCAUGUGAUCUCUAUUUGAUAUUGAUAUUUGUUACAACUCCUAUUUUAUAGUUUGAAAUACACUGUAAUGUAUCGUUUUUAGUGCAUUAUAAGAGAUUUAUUUUAUCUAUGCCGACUUUAAACAGAUAAUUGAUAAGUCCCUUAUCCCUUUCACAGUAUUAGGAAUGCUUUAAAUAUUAUUUACAUUUUAAUGUUAACACAGAAAUGGAAAUCAGCAUUCAUAUAAAUAUGUACAUACUGUGCUAUACUAUGUUAUGUAAAUAUUGUUCAUUGUUGUUGAAUUUAAUAGAAAUACUGAAUUGGUGCAUCUUGAUGAUAUAUUAACUGGUACAUUAAAGUUUAGCAAGUUAUUGUUUCAUAAAUGAAAAUACCCUUCAAAACCAGUGGAUCAAAUAACAAACAAAACUUCCUCAAUAUUAUGGAUGUUAAUUUUUCCUUUAUAUAGCCUCCAGUGUCAAAUAUUAAUGUUCCAAAUACAGUAUUCAACAUCAUCAUUAGACUCCAAGUAUGCCAGUCUCUCAUUAAAAUCAUAUCAUUCCAUAUUAUAUUUGUUAUUGCAAGGCUUAUCUGUUUUUUUAUAUAUAUUUAUUUAUAUUUGUUGUAACUCUCAAGUCUCUAUACAGUUUGAGGUAUAGUUGUUGGUGCAUUAUAAGUUGCUUAGAUAUAACAAUAUAUUCUCAAUAGAUAAGUGAUAAGUCCAUAUCCCCUAUCUUAUAAACUUAAUGUUUUCAUAACAAAAUUUGUGUUUUGGUGCUACGAGUUUAUAGGCAUUCCAGCUGUUUAUACAAUUUUUUACCUGUUAUGUUUUUUAUUAUAUUAUGUAUGGUUAAGAUAGUUUGUUAAUGUUUUAAAUGUAUAUAAAAUAGUGCAAUAAUAUAACAUAAAGUUUAACUAGUGCAAUAGUAAUGAGACAAUCUGGUUUUAUCAAAUGGUACAUAUGCAUACCUUUUUCUACGCAAUAAUAUGACAUUAAACAUUCAUCACAUUUAAGUUAAUAUUCAAGUAUGUCCGUGAAUUCCAAGCAUUAUAAAAAAAUAAAAAUGACUGAUAUCUUCUAUAUGAUGUUGCUAUGUUUAAAUUCAUUUACAAUACAUACUUCUUGUUAUUUUUGUUAAUACUGCUCAGCAUGUCAUUUAGAAUGUUAAAAGUUUGUUAAUACUUUAUGAUGUAAUUCUAUGUUUACUUCAUAUAGAAUAAAUACUUUUCAAUUUCAA